AUUUCCCUAUGAUGACUGUGACUGUGAACCUGCAGAUGGGUUACACAAUCCUUACCACCAGCCCUAAAAUCUCAAGGUCCAACUUAUGUUAACAUCAGUUGGCCACAGUCUCCAUAGGGUCAGGACAAGAAAGCCAUUGAACAUCAGCAAACAUGGGGGACUGGGGUUUUCUUUCCAAGCUACUGGACAAGGUGCAGUCUCACUCAACAGUCAUCGGAAAGAUAUGGAUGAGUGUCCUGUUCCUGUUCAGAAUCAUGGUCUUGGGUGCCGGAGCGGAGAGCGUGUGGGGCGAUGAACAGUCUGGUUUCAUAUGCAAUACGCAACAACCUGGUUGUGAGAAUGUGUGCUACGACCAUAUCUUCCCCAUCUCACACAUCCGCUUCUGGGUCAUGCAGAUCAUCUUUGUCUCCACCCCAACUCUUCUAUAUCUGGGCCAUGCCAUGCAUGUCAUCAGCCAGGAGAACAAACUGAGAGCCAUACUGCAGAGCCAAGUUGACAAUGGCACAUUGAAGAAGCCCAAAUACAGCAACGAAGCAGGGAAGAUAAAAAUUAAGGGGAAUUUGCUGGGCAGUUACAUGACCCAGCUGUUCUUUAAGAUCAUUAUAGAGAUCACGUUCAUCGUGGGUCAAUACUACCUGUAUGGGUUUGUCAUGGUCCCCAUGUUCCCCUGCUCAAGAUCUCCCUGCCCCUUCACUGUCGAAUGCUACAUGUCCCGUCCUACAGAGAAGACCAUCUUCAUCAUCUUCAUGCUGGUGGUGGCCUGUGUGUCUCUGGCUCUGAAUGUGAUUGAAGUGUUCUAUCUGCUUUGUACAAGAUUAAGAUGUGGUGGCUCCAAAGGCCGCAGGUAUCACACUACCUCAACAGCGAACCCAGCCACCCUCCCGCAUCCUGGGUGGUCUGGUCGCGUAGAUACUGAAAUGGACGCCCUGAGACAGAACAAGAUGAAUCUGGAGUUUGAGAGUGGCCAGAGUUUAGGGGGUAGUCUGGAUAGAGCUAAGGAAGAGAAACAUUUGCUGGGUGACAACCACUAAAACAUUUGAAAGUUAAUUUGCCUUGAAUGUAUCUUAAUCUCUUGUAUUGUUGAAAAUCUGAAUGAAUACACUACCUUUUUUGUCUUCUUAUUUUUAUUUGUUUUAGGCACAGUGCACUAGUAGUGUGUAUUAAGUUUCAAAAAUUGUCCUUAAGUUAUGGCAACUACCAGCUGGGGUCUUGAAUUGAGUUGUAAACUCACACUUGAAUGCCUACAGUUGAGAUAUGUUCUAUCAUGUGAUACAAUAAAUGUGUCAAGAUAUACAAGUGUAUUAAAAAAAAAAAAAUUAAAACAUAGUGCCAAAGUUA